AUGGCGGACGACAACGCCGACAACGUGCAACCGAAGAACCGCGCUGUGGUUUCUCAAAGGGUUCUUUUUGUACGCAAUCUGCCCUUUUCUACGACGGAUCAAGAUUUAGAGAAGCUUUUCAGCGAGAUUGGACCAAUUAAGCGUUGUUUUGUUAUCCGUAAUAAAGGUAAGAAGCUUUGUGAAAUUUUGCACGUGGCCUACAAAUUCUUGCAAGUAUGAAGCUAGCUUGUUUAUUUUAGCCUAAAUGUAGUGUCGCUUUCGGGAAGGAAAUAAAAACUAUAUUUUUCAUUCAACAUUUUAAUAUAUUAUUAAAAGCUAAUCUGUUUUUAAAAAACUGUAGAGAUUUGGGUUGUACAUAUAUACAUAAGCUUUUAUAAACUACAAAAUAAAGGGCCAGCACAGGGACGUUUUUUUUUAUCCACCCCCCCCCCCCCCCCCUCCCCCCGCCUAAGGAUUACAGGUUUUUGAAUAAGGGGAUUCGUAUGUUUUCUUCAAAGAAGCUAACCAGAUUUUGACCCCUCAGACAAAUUUUUCAAAGGUGCCGACAAAGAAUGACCCCAUCAGAUUUCAUUUUUCAAGGGGCACUGACAAAAAUUUGAGGGUUCAGAUUCCAGUCAUCCUUAGGGGGCUGCGGGUAAAAAAUGGAACAACCCACAUAAGCACUUUAACCAUUAAAGCAGUAAGGCCAACACAACAGAUAAUGGCUCCAAUUUAAGUGUUACCUGGAGACAGAGAGACCACUCUGCCAGGGUCUAUGUACUAUCACUUCACCAAUGGCUUCAAUUCUUUGAUAGGUUCAAGAGGUCUUUGUAGAGGAUUUGGCUAUGUCACGUUUGUGCUUGCUGAAGAUGCCGAAAAAGCUAUAAAUAAUGUCAAAACAUUUGGAGGAAGGCAGCUCAGUAUUUGUUUUUCCGACAAGAAACCAAAACAUGAGGAGCGAAAACAUAAGCCAGAUGAAGAUGAUGACGACAACAGGGAGCAGCAGGAAAGUGCCAGUGAGUCCAAUACGAGAAACUGUUGUUUAUUGUUUUUUUAGUGUAUUUAUUUUAAAAUGAGGUGAUAAGCUGGUAGGAAAUUUCAUUCAUGGCCACCUUCUUAUACAGCUGUUAUGGUGUUUAUUUCAACAUUAAAGUAGACAAUCACUAUAUCACAACAUGAAGUGGAAGAUUACCAUUUUAUUUUAUGAGUCUCGGUAUGUGUUUAGCAGACACCUUUUAAAGUGGAUAUGUGUAGUGGGUAUCCACUUUAAAUAUGGGUUUACUAUUACAUUGUAUUUUCUAAUUCUCACAAAAAGUGCCUUACAUUAUACAGUGUAAAACAAACUUUCUUAAUUAAGAGUUGAGAAGAUACUAACUGUACUUGAUGAUUAACCUUGGCGGUGUUAGUUCAGUUGGUAGAAUGCUUGACUGAAGAGUGGGAGGUCGAGGGUUCGAUUCCCGGGGUCGGACCAAUACUUGGUGUCUUAAAAUAACUGAGAAAUGAAGGAACUCCCUUUGCCCUGCAAGAGGCUAGACCUUUGCGUGGCUCAGAUGACCAUGUAAAAUGGCGGUCUGUCUCCAGUAGGAGACAUAAAAAUAGUGUCCCAAAUUAGUAUUUUCGUGCUAAAUACCUUGACAUUCAAACAAAAAGUGGCUUCAAGGCUCCCUCUUGUGGAAAUAGCUUAGGUUGGGUUCUCUCUUUAUAUUUUGUGGUUACCAAGAGAUAAAUUGCCCAAGGGGAAGACAGACCUUGAACCCUGUUUCUUUCUUGUAAACAUUGAAGACUGGCAUGAAUAAUAAAAUGUUUUUGACAAUUUUUACCCUUUAAUAAAACCUCCACAUUGAUCAUUCUUAGCAAUAGCCAUUCUGUCCUUGUUGAAUUUUGAGAAAAGUUGGUGCCCGCAAGUCAAAGCACUGGUCCACGAAAUUGGUACCAUCAACUUCUUGAGAAAAGAAUUCUUGCCAACUGAUAUAAGGAAUCUUUUUGCUGUCUUAAUGUGUUUUUGAAUAUAUUAAAUGUAAAAAUAUUCACAGCAGUGCUCGAAAUAAUUUAAUGUGUUUUGUUGUCGAUUAACUUUAAGUCUGGUUUUACCUGUACGAUUUUGCCAAAAUGAACAUUGCAGAUAAGUAACAUGUGGUUUCUACUCUUUGGUACAUUUCACUCUCUCAUGAUUGGUUGAUGGUUGAGCCACUUUGGGUUCUUAUUAACCCAUAGAACUUACCUCAGGAACUGUCAUGGAAAAUUCUUUUGUUCUUUUGACAUCUCCUUGGAAAUUUCCCUGAUGCAAUUUCACAAAUGGGAAAAACGUUCACACUCCAAAAGUUGUUUCCCCUUGGGCAAGGCCAAGAGCUUUUUACCCAAGUGUAAAAUGGCAAGUGUUAUGACACCCAAUGUAUACAGGGUGUUCUUUAGGCAUCAGAGAUUGGAGAAUUCUGCGUUUAAUAUGCAGAAUUCUCUGGCUAAGGUUUGGUAUUCUAUGAAUGUUUUUUAUUCAGAUGUAGAGCCUCUUUCAAAAUAAUCUCCUGUAACGUUACACCUUUCUCCUGCCACUAGAAUUCUUAAGGAAAACCCUGUGUAUAGUUCUUAACAAAGGGCAAUACCACAUGUACCCGUCUUUGUUAGUAGUUCACAUUUCAUGCACAUAUCAUAUGGCUGGCUCCACCAGCAGGCAAGAUGAAGUGAGUCCAUUUUGUGAUUGACUACCUGAGAUCUUGCCUACCUGUGAUUUGCCUGCUUUGACCUACAAGUGAAGAUCUUUUUUUGGCCAUAAAUCAAAUUGUUUGUGGACCAAGCUCAUGUGGUCAAGGUGGCAAAAUAAUGGCCUCAUUGAGGGGGCAGGGGAUAUGUGCCAAUGGAUCAGUGCAUUAAUAUUUUUAUAAAGAUUUUUGCCCAGAUUUCGGACUCAGUGCAAAAUUUUAAUGAAUUUGCAGUUGUUGCAAUUGCGGUGGAUUGAGGAUUCAUCCAUUUUUAUUUUUUUGGGCCUGGAUUUUGGACUUUGUGUGUAAUAAAAUAUUUUUGCCAGGAUUUUGGAUUAAAGAGCGAAAUUUUAAUGGAGGAUUUGGUUAAUAAAUCAUCACGGAUCAGUGGAUUUGCAUACCCCUAUUCACCCCUCUCCUCAUUGCAUUGCUAUGGACUGAAAGAAAAGUGCCCAAAAAACAGUCAUCUUGACUUUAUGCUUGGUCAGUAAUGUAUAAUCCUGAGCUUAUAAUCAGCGGCAAUGCUGCUAAAUUUGUAUCUAUGUGUGAUGCAUUUUUUGUGACUUGUUUUCUCAGAUAUCAAAAACAACAGAGCUGAAGAACUGGCAAAUUAUGAAGAAGAACCAUCAAGGAAAAAGUUAAAAAGUGACAAACGUGACAAAAAGCUUAAAGAGUCAGGAUAUGACAUUGGCAGAACAAUUGUGAUUACAGGAAUUGCAACAUCAGGCAUUAAUCCAAAUCAUAUUCGGAAAAAGUGUCGCAAAGUUGGGACAGUGGAGACAGUCACAUUCCCAGUUGAAGGACGGGAUAAACCAACGGCAUUUGUUAUGUUCAAGUCUCACAAGGAUGCAAGAGAAGCUGUUAAGAAACUGAAUGGAAGGAUUUUUAAAGGCAACUCCAUUGAAGCUGUUCUUCUUUCCAGAGAGGGAAAGACUCCUAGUCAAAAAUCUUUGAAGAAGUCAAGAGUGAUUGUGAGAAACUUGUCAUUCAAAUGCAAAGAGGAAGACCUUCAGAAAUUUUUCUCUCAGUUCGGACAAGUUACUGAAGUAAAAAUUCCUUCCAAGAUGGAGGGAAAGAGAAAGCUUAGCCUGGGGUUUGCAUUUGUGCAGUUUUCCAAUGUCUUUGACGCUGCUAAAGCCAUCAAAGAAUCAAACAUGAAGGAGAUUCUUGGGCGUCCUGUAGCAGUAGACUGGGCUGUUCCAAAAACGAUGUACGAAACAAAGAAAGACGAAGAAGGUCUGUUGCUUGAGUUGUUUUAUUUUUAAUAACCUUGCCAUUGACACAUGAUUUACAUUUAUGCAUAAAGUUGGAAAAAGUGAGCAAUAUCAGUCCUCAACCUUAGUUUAUUUGGUGAUUUUUAUUGUACAAAUCAAUUUGUAAUGAUUACAAACCACAGCAGGAUUAGCUCAGUUGGUACAGAAUGUAGAUUGCUUGACUACAGAGUGGGAGGUUGUGGGUUCAAUUCAGGGCCAGACCAAUACUUAGGGUUUUAGUUUAACUGAGAAAUGAAGGUAACUUCCUAUGCCGUGUAAACGGUUAGACCUUCGCAUAUGUUACAGGUAACUAGGUAAUAUCAGCAUCAAAUUUCUCCUUGUGAUAUCAAUGCUUUGUAAAACAGAGUGGUCAUGAGAAUUAUGGAGAUGAUCACACAAGAUGAAUUUACUUGAUAUUUUAUCAACUUCUCCUCACUACUUCUACAGGAAAUGAAAAGGGGCAACAAGUGAGAUUUCAAAUUGUGAUCUUAGGGUUUAAAGGGUUAAACGACCCUGUACAUUUAUUCUGGAGGCUUCACCGUCAACCUGCACGGCACUCAAAAUGCAGAGCUCCUCAUAUCGAUCAUAUGCAUGCUGCUGUUCACAGUUCUGUGACUUAUGGUUGCCAACUUGUUAAUAUGCAAAAAUGCAUAAUUUACUAGGUGACGUCACCAGACGGCAUUAGUACGCUCGGAAUUCAGACAUCUCUCUCCCCCGCGCCCCCCACGGGUUACAGGGUGGAGACAUAAGACAUUUCAGACUAGUCCUCAGACCAUCUAAUUAUUAUCAUCAUUUUUUUUUCAUUGUACUGAAAGAAAAAAUUGUUUUCUGUUCAAAUAGACAAAGUGUCUGAAAGAGAGGAAGAAGAAGUUGAAGAAUUCAAAAGAAGUGAGGAAGAAGGCAGUGAUGAUGAUGAGGUUUUAAACAGCGACAGUGAAAUUGAGUCUGAUGUUGACGCAGCCAAAGAUAGACGUGGUGGUUUGGAUGACAAAGACCGUGAUGAUGAUGAUGAUGAUGAUGAUGAUGAUGAUGAUGAUGAUGAUGAUGUGAAGAGUGAAGAUGAAUAUAAAGACCAUGGACACAAAUCCACCCUCCAAGCUAGAAAACCCAAACAAUCGACUGAUGUAAAAGAAGGCAAAACAUUGUUUAUCCGUAACGUUUCAUUUGAUUCCACUGAGGAGGCUCUCCAGGAGCUGUUUGAGCAGUUUGGAGACAUAGAGUACUGCAAAUUAGUUGUGGACAAGCGGACCGGUCACAGCAAAGGAAUGGCGUUUGUGAAGUUCAAAACCACAGAGAGUGCUGAGCAGUGUCUCCAAGAAACUUCUGAUGAGGGUGCAGGUUAGGUCGUGGUGUAAAUAAUAGGCUGAUUUAGCAACAGAACGGGAACGUUAGUUGACGACGGCGCGCGCAAAUCAAACAACUGGGCACCGGAAGUAGAGUUUAGUCCUUUUCGCGCGCUUUGCCAUCGUCAAAUGACGUUCCCGUUCUGUUGCUAAAUCAGCCUAAUUUAAUAGAGACCUUUAGAUUCUUGGACGAGGGUAACUAGGAGUACAAGAUUUUCUCAAUAGUAAGUAGCGCGCAUGCGUGAACCAGUGUCAUUUUGGCGGGAAAACGUGAUACCUGUCACCAUUCGUAGAGACGGAAAAAAGUCAUCAAAUGUUAGAAGUUUUAUCAUUUUACAAUCGGAAAAAGGGCUUAACCUCCUUCACUAAAAGUAACCCUACUAACUUUUGUGGUGAAAAAAAAGUGAAAUUGAACUUUCAGGGAUGUAAUUUUUUUUUUUUAAGAAUAAGCGAAAAGAAUUUUUUAAAAAGUCAAAUCUUGUCUUCGUUGUCGUUCUCGUCCCCGAAUCUAGAGUUCUCUAAUGAAAGAAAACCUGAUGUUGAAGCAGAGUCUUUCUUUACCUGUUUUCCAGAAAAGUCGUCUGCGAGUGAGAGCAGUCCCUUGGCCCUUUGUUAUGAAUGUAUAAACCUUAAAAAAAAAAACAGCUGAAGUGGAGGAAAAUUACUGUUCGAGUUGCUUUCUAAAUGCCAUUGAAUUCAACCUGCUGAAAGCUGCAGAAUGUGCAACAGCUUUCCAGCCUUUUGAAUGGCUGGUUUCUUUGUGGCAUUUGAUUGAAGUAAUGAUGUUACUCAAUUUUUAUUAUGCAGUAAUUUUAAUUAUAUUUAGUCUCCAGAACAUUGAAAAGAGGUUUCGCUAAGGUUUUAAUUACUACAAAACUAGGACGGUUGAGGUACUGUAGGAAUUCUAACGUGCCAUUUUUUUUUUUAAUCUAGGUCUUUCUUUAGACAACUUCACACUGAAUGUUACCAAAGCUGUUACACGUGGAAAAGCGACGGAGCUGGCCAAGGAAAGAAAAAGGACAGGAGGGAAUAAGCAAGUUAAAGACAAACGCAAUUUGUACCUGGCUAAAGAAGGUCUUAUUCUUCCAGGUUCGACUGCCGCUCAAGAAUUGUCAAAAAGUGAUAUGGUAAAAAGGCAGAAGGCUGAAGCGGAGAAAAAAGCAAAACUGGGAAAUCCAAACUACUUUGUCUCAACGACCAGGCAAGUGCACAAUAUUACUUACCAGCUUUUCUGGACACUGGCCUGCCCAGGGGGAAUGUGCACGAAUGGGACUCAUAGGUCCCAUGCGAGGUGCCAUCCCUACCCAAUCAAUACACAAACACGCGCCUGUUUGUGUAAGGGUUGAUUUCCAGUGUCACGUACAGAGUACCGCUUAAAAGUAAGUUGACAGUCACUCGCGUCUCGAUCCUUGAGACGCGAGACUCGAUUCUCGAUUCUCGAAACUUUGGAGGAUCGAGUCUCGCGUCUAGAGCAUCGAGUCUCGAGUUUCGAUGAUCGAGGAUCGAGUUUUAAAUUUGGAGUCGAGAAAGCGCUCUCUCUAAAAGUGUACACUUGCCUUUCAUUCUAAAAAUCACGGCUCCGUGCAUUGGGUGAGACUCGUUCGCUUUCACGAAAAAUUUUUACGUGCGUACGUGCGUAAAAUUUGCGUUCGCAAAUAAAAUAGAGGCAAUGCAUGAAAUGUCGCUCGUAAGCGUAAAAGUUGAACGUCGCUUAACUUCUCGUUUAAGCUCGGCACUUUUUAUCUUGCCUCUAUUUUAUUUACUUGAGUAAAAUUUACGUGCGUUAAUGUGCGUAGCCAGAAACGCGUCAGUGGUAAUCAACCUUUACUCAACAAACCACUCAUCGCGUUUGUUUGCUUCUUAGUAAGAACGAAAUGUUUCUACUCUUUGGCUUUAGGCUUUGCGUGCGGAACCUUCCCCUCAAUGUUGACGAUAAACGGCUUAAAGAAAUUUUCAGCACCGUGGCAGGACGAAAUGCAUUUGUCAAGAAGGUGCUGAUAAUUCGCAGCAAAGAUCGCGUGGACAGUUCGGGCCGCGGACGUUCUAUGGGAUAUGGUUUCGUUGAGUUUGCCAAUCACAACGACGCUUUGGCAGCCUUGCGCGCAACCAAUAACAAUCCAGAUCUAUUUGGCGCCGAUCGCCGCCCGAUUGUUGAGUUUUCAUUGGAGAAUAGCCUCGUUGUGAAAGUGAAACAGCGGCGGUUAGACAAAGCUCGACAAAGACAGCAGCCAGGUAGUGAACAGCCCAAGACAAAUAAAGAGAAGAGACUGGAAAAGAGUCAGAAACGGAGAGAAAAACGGCAGCGAAAGAGAGAAGCGAACAAGGAAAUGAAAUUAGAAGAGGGAAAGGAAAGCAAAGAAGAGAAACCUGACACUGGAAGCAACGAGGACACGGCUCCAAACAGUGAUGUAAAGUUCCAAAGAAAAAAUAGUGAAAAUUCAUGGAAAACGAAAAAAGGAAAGAGGACAUUUUCAGCGGAGCUACCAACUCCGCGAAAUCUUGGUAAAACUGAUCGUCAAAAACAAAGAAAGUUUCCACCCAUUUCUCCAAACAUGAAUCAAUCCUAUAAUGAGCCCGCGGUAGCGAAAGCCAAUUUACCAGCGGCUAUUAAGGAUAACAAAAAGAAGAAACCUCUGAAAGGACGGGGGAAUAUUGGUAAAACUUUUCAUGAAAGAGCUGAUUCAUUUACUCACACCAAAGCCAAGAACGAAGUGACGAAUAGAAAAAGGAAAGGAGCUAGGCGGAAAGAGCAAGAGAAAAAAGACGAAUCCAACUUCACCGACAUGGUGAACAAAUAUAAGAAUAAGUUGUUUGGAAGGGAUGAAGGCGAAGUUCCUGCUAAACGUUCGCGCUGGUUUGAUGAUUAA